CCUCACCUCUCGUCAUGUAUUUCCAAUUCUUGUCCAAUUCACUUCCGAAUCCCCAGUCCCAGACUCUCACGUCUUUUUCUCUUUUCUUUUUCUGGUUCCUUCCGCAGACCCCGAGCCCCCAAUCUGCCAUACCGCCUCGGCCCUCGAAUUACCUUAGUUUGUUCCCUGACGGAUACUCACAGCCUGACCAGACCAGACCCCCAGUUGCACAUCAUCCCCGUUUCUGUCACUGCCAGCUGCCAAGAAAGGAGUCGACGUACAUACAUUCGUCCCUCUGCAAGGUCCUCUGCAGUUUGUUGGACUUUUAGACUCUCCCACCUCACACGUUAGAUCCAUUCGCAUAAUCAUGCCCGCCCACCUACAGUAAUAGUUACUAGUAGUCCACCCCCCCGGCGCCAUAUCUCAGCUUUUUUUUCGCGAGACCAUUCCAAUCCGGUCCAAGUCCCAGAGGUCCUAAACCGGACCAAACCACGAGAGAAGAAGGACAGACGGUUCCCCAAACAUUAACCAAUACACGGCGUGUCCUCGCACUGACUCCUCUUUCGACAUCGAGAUUCCCAUUCCGCCUUUCUGUGCCAUCUCUCGAUUCCAUCCUGCGCCCUCGAUCUCCACGUACAUCUUCUUACCUACCCACCGCUCCAACCAUCGGAAACACAAUCAAUCACCUUAAACGCAGCAUCGCAGAGCAGUCCAGUUAGCACCUAGCAGCAGGCCACCAGACCAGACCAGCAGAGCACACCUCGGAGCCAUCGCAUCGUCAGCCGCUCGCUCGCUCGCCUUACGCCUCACUCACACCUCAAGUCGUCCUCAACGGGCCGCCUGCCUACCUUUCUUUACCGCUCCGACCUCUACGGGCCUGACCUUGCUUUCUCGUCUUGCGGCUUGCCGCAAUCUGACCAGAACUGCACGAAGCACGUUUGAAGGCACCUUCGCAGCCACAUAUCGCAGUAGCAGCAGCAGCAGCACCAGUUCCCCUUCGCUGUGCUUAAGUUCCAGUAGCUUCAGAACCAUCACAUUCGCCCGUGCCAUCAUCUCAUACACCGCACCUCGUGUGUGGUGUAGAUUGCAGGUACAUCCUGGAUCGCAUUCAAUCUCAUCCUGGUAAUUCAUCUAUUUCCUUCUACUCCCUUCUAGUCACGGCACUUGAUCGUUUGCUUCUGCCGUCCCUUAUGCCUUAUGACACUCAACGGCGGCUGCCGUAGUGGCGGCACCCUCCCAAAGUUUGGACUGCCAGGCCUAGAUUGACGAUGACACGCUUUCGGAGUAUUUUCCGGUUGACCAUCCCGCAACUUGAGGCUACUACUCCGGCCGUCUCGUCUCUGUGGCUGCGAUAGUGGCAGUCCCAUUGUCGCCGUCCAACUCCGACAAGUCAUUAUUGUCUCCUUUAUUCGUAUAGCCCUGCUGCUAUCUGCCUACUUUGCUCUUAUCUGUAUCGACCGCGUCGGGCCAAACCUUGCCUACCUACCUUACCUAUCCAGUUGACAGGACUCCGUACAGUCAGUCCCUACCUAUGGAACCUUCGUCUCCAACCCCCAAAAUCCCCAUCACCCAUCACCCCAGUCGCUGGCUGUAUCCGUCGUGCUUGCACCUCAAGGCUCAAGGCUCAAUCCCACCUUACCCUAACUCACCUUGCCUACCCUGUUCAGGCGUGCCCCGAUCAAGCCCGCAUGUUCCCAGUCACUCCCCUUCCCCGAAUCCCAACCCAGGCGUCCGUCCCUUCCAGACUCUUUUCGCUGCAGGCCUUUCCCCUUCCUGUUCAUGGCCCGGGCCCGUCAAACCCUCGCUCUAUCUCGAUCCCCCAAUACCCGACUCGCUCGCCAACCACCUGUACCCCGGUUGCAAGGUUGGCUAGGGUAGCAAAGCACACAGCGCCCGUCUGGCCUGGCAUCUCCCUGUCGGUGUUUUCUUUUCUUCUAUUUUUCUUACCGCUAGCUCACUGCCCCCCUCUCUCACCUCUGGGAAUACCCGAAUUUCACCUGCGGAUACCUACCUACCUACCUUACCUGACUAAGGUAGCGUUGCCCGCCUAAGCCUUUCCCUUCCCGCGGCACCUGGGCUUAGGUUGCGCUCACUCGCUCGCUCACCCGUGGCCUGCAAACUGCUGCUCCCGCUUCCCCCCGUGUCAUCGUCCGUUGUGUCUGUGCUUGCCGUGCGCCUUUACUUCUGCACUUGCUUCACUCCCGUCUCCGCCGUCACUAAACAGGAAUCAUUUUAGUUUCGGCAGGGGAAGACAACCAUAGAGAAGGAGGCCCGAGACGAAAAUUUCUAGAACGGACCGACUCUCUCGGCCGCACCUCAUCUUCACUCCCUCCCCCCGCGCAUUCAUGCCGCAGGGUGACGAUCGCUUCCCCCAAUCCGCCAUACGACUCCUCGCUCCCCCGUUGCCCUCGACACACCGACCCUACCACGCCCCCGGAAACAUCACCACAACCCCGACCACGGCAACGAACCCGACCACGAGGACGACGACGACCAGACCGACGACGGCGGACCCGUUCGCUACCGUUUCCACCACCGCCGCCGCGAAAUCCGAGGCUUCUACAGCCGCCGUAUCUUCUUCUUCUUCCAACACGAGCGUCAGCCACAAGCGAUCGGGUUCACAGCCGCAGUCAAGUAACCCACGUUACCAUCCCGCCUCGCCCACCUCGACGACAUUGAGCCCCGGAGGGUCAUGGACAACUCCCGACAUUAGUCGGUAUGGUUUGACGUAUAGCGACACUACUUGCGAUCCCUCAUUCGACGCCGCGUCUAAGACGCUCCUGACCCCCAGGUCGGACCCGACCUCUCCGACUAUCAGGUCGUUUACAGAAUCUACCCGUCUGUCGAGACCUUCAACGUCCAACGGGAAGCGCCUAUCCGACGACGAAAACGCACACGAACGACCAAACCCGUCACCUCUGAAGAAGGCGCGAACUCGACUGGGGCCACCGGGGCACAUCAAGCUGCCAAAACAACCAACUGCGUCAGUCAUUCUGGCUAGGCACAACCAAGGGGUCGUCUCCCCUCUGUUCUUCUCCUCAAACAACAAACGACAGAUGCCGCCUCGACCAGCUGCUCUCCCUCCCUCCGACGCUGCAGCCGUCCUGCUAGCUCGUCUGAGGGAGGACCAAGACCGCGUUCACACUGUUCGCCUACCCCGCGGAACCGUUCAUGCACAAACAUCAGCUAGAUCUGGGAGUACGCCGGGGAGCAGUAGUCUAUCUUCUGCAGACGCCACCCUAACCUCUUCAAAGAGCCCAAAUAGCCAGCAUCUUCCUCAAGGACUGCAAAUCUUGAGAGGAGUUGGCGUAAUCGAACUUUUGGAACAAGAUGAGCGUCCGACUUUCAUCAUCGAUCUCGCAAAUCCCGUCAACGCGCAAAAAUCGGGACUGCAUUUGCUAUACGCCAAUGCGGCGCUCAGGGCUUCCGUGGGUGUCUUGGAAUUGCUUUCUGUGGAGGGUGACGAUGUCAUGAAGAACCCCGACUAUAUCCACUUCAAAACGUGGGCCACGAGCUUCGUCUUAAACCAUGAAUCCCUUGACGUCUGCCUUCCUUCUCAUAGCUAUGGUGGCAUCACAUGGACAUGCUCGACCUUGCGCAAACGAUUUCGCUUCGUGAGCGGCAACGCUAGCGCCGUAUCAGCACCAGCAGACUCGCCUCCGUUAGCCGAUGAAUCAGCGGUGCUGGAACAGCGGAGCAGAGGGCCGACACCAAACCAGCCAUCAAUUGUACCCAUGGAUGACGAACCCGAUUACUUUGGUGAUAUGGAAGGGGAACCGCAUGAGCUGGACGACACACCAAUUGUCGUUGACGAUUGUGUGAUGAUAGACAGUGGUGAGAAGUACCACACCGACGAGUUCACCCAACAGGUCUUCCAAGCAGCGAUGAUGAGGCCAUCAUUUGACUGGACCCGCAUUCAAACAACCCCGGAUUUGAGUGAACAUAUCCUAUUCUGUCGCAACACCGAUUGGGCCUCCACAUCAUUGGGUCCGUUGGAGCACUGGAGUUCAGAAUUGAGGGCCAUGGCCAACAUGGUUAUGGGUAGUCCCCACCCUGCGGCCAUGUACUGGGGACGGGACAAUGUCGCCAUCUACAAUGAGGCCUACAUUGAGCUUGCCGGACAAAAGCACCCUCAACUCAUGGGCAUGCGGUAUCAGGACGCAUGGAAAGAGAUCUGGUCGGAUAUCGAGCCUUUGUUCAAUAAUGCUUGGACAAAUGGGCAGUCAAUCAUGAAGAACGACAACCAGCUAUUCAUCCUUCGACACGGAUUCCUCGAGGAGACAUUCUUUUCAUGGUCAAUCAUCCCAUUACUGGGUUCUGAUGGCCAGGUGGUCGGACUCUACAAUCCGGCUUUCGAAAAUACCCGCCGCAAGGUCAACGAACGCCGGAUGUUGACUUUGCGAGAGGUGGGCGAGAAGACAGCUGCAGCUAAGGACGUCAGAAGCUUCUGGCCGCGGGUCAAGGAAGGAUUGGAGUUCAACGACUUGGACGUACCGUUUGCCCUCAUUUACUCCGUGAAGGAAGACAAUAGUGAGAGUGAAGUAUCUUCUAUGCACUCUGGAAGCAUAGCACACCCACCAUUAUUACACCUCGAAGGCAGCUUGGGCGUUCCAGAGGGACACCCAGCUGGGCUACCCCAGCUCGACCUAAAGUCAUCAGACGAUGGCUUCGCUCCCUAUAUGCGCCAGUCUAUGACGAUGCAAGGUGCACCCAUCAUUCUCUCGUCGGAAGCUGGCAACCUGCCAGCAAAGUUGCUUGAAGGCUUGGAGUGGCGAGGCUUCGGUGACCCAAGUAAGACUAUCGUUAUCUUGCCUGUCCACCCUACCACAGCCGGUGAGUCUGUCGUUGGCUUCAUCGUCUUGGGCACCAACCCCCGUCGACCCUAUGACGAAGACUAUCAGCUUUUUAUCCAUCUCUUGUCGAGACAACUUGCGACGUCCAUGGCAUCGGUCGUACUUUUCGAAGAGGAGAUCAAACGAGGACAGAGGGCUGCUCGCUUGGCCGCGAUGGAUCGUCAAGAAUUGCAAAUGGAACUCUAUUUGAGAACACAAGAGGCAGUCGAAAGCGAAUACAAGUUCUCGCGAAUGGCAGAAUUCGCACCGGUCGGCAUGUUCAUUGCUAACGACAAGGGCCUCAUCAACUUUGCCAACGAUAUGUGGUGGCAAAUUUCGAGGCAUCCCAGAACAGAAGACAGUGUCAACACAUGGAUGCAAAGUGUGAGGGACGAGGACCGAUCGGGCGUCGAACUUGCUUGGAAGAAGCUCAUUGAAAACAAGGAAGCGAUCACCAUUGAGUUCAGGUUCAAGUGCAGCCGCCAGAACGGAAUGAACACUAUCGAUACUUGGGUCCUGAUGAGUGCUUUCCCGGAACAGACUCAAGAGGGCGACCUGAAGAGUAUCUUUGGCUGCAUCACCGAUAUUUCGCCUCAAAAAUGGGCCGAGGAUUUCCAGAAGCAACGCAGAGAAGAGGCAGUCGAGCUCAAACGCCAACAAGAAAACUUCAUCGACAUCACGAGUCACGAAAUGCGGAAUCCAUUGAGUGCGGUCCUCCAGUGUGCUGAUGAAAUCGUCAACAGUAUAACGGAGUACCGCGCUCAACCGCAGGAUCCGACACAACUCGACACCCUGUUGGAAAGCUGUACCGAAGCUGCCAGCACUAUCAACCUAUGCGCCAGCCAUCAGAAACGCAUUGUCGAUGACGUGCUUACCCUUUCGAAGCUCGACUCGCAACUUCUGCUUGUGACACCCGUCGACUCGCAUCCGGUCACGAUUGUCAAACACGUCAUCAAGAUGUUCGAGUCAGAGUUAAACACACACGAGAUCAAGCUAGACUUCUCGGUAGACAAAGCCUAUAGCACUCACGCUGUCGAUUGGGUCAAGUUGGAUCCAUCUAGGCUUAGGCAGGUUCUGAUCAACCUCAUGACCAACGCCAUCAAAUUCACCCAAGGCCGCGAGAAACGCGAAAUUACCAUGAAGAUGAGCGCAUCCAAGAAUAUCACCGAGGUUACCCAAAAAGGGGUGUCAUUUUUCCCGACUCGCAAAGAGAAGGAGGACGUUCGGGCUUUGACCCAGGAGAAGGAUUGGGGAACAGGAGAGGAAAUUAACCUCCAUUUCUCCGUCCAAGACACAGGCCCUGGUCUGCGCGAAGAUGAGAAAAAGCUACUCUUCCAGCGGUUCUCUCAGGCGUCACCCCGCACCCACGUGCAGUAUGGUGGCUCGGGACUCGGUCUCUUCAUCUCUCGCAUGCUUGCCGAACUACAGGGCGGCCAGAUUGGUGUUGUCUCCGAGAAGGGAAUAGGCAGCACUUUCGCAUUCUACGUCAAGUGUCGCAAGACGGAAUCACCUAGCCUGGAGUCGCCGUCUCUCUCGGCCCUCAACUUGGCGCAACCAGUCAAGAGCGAGCCAACUUCCGCACCAUCGACGCCUCCGCUCACAGCCCUGCCUAGAAGGGCUUCCAUCAAGAAGCCGGUGGCCCCCGCGACGCCGCUGUACGAUGUUUUGAUUGUGGAGGACAAUAUCGUUAAUCAGAGGGUUCUGCGGAAGCAACUCACAAGCUGCGGCAACACUACAUAUGUCGCUAACCACGGAGGCGAGGCCCUUGAACAGCUCAAGAAGUCCCGUUUCUGGGCUGGCAACGAGGCUGAGGGCUUUGAUCUCAGCGUUAUUCUUAUGGACCUGGAGAUGCCGGUCAUGGAUGGAAUCACGUGUACGAAACGUAUCCGUGAAUUGGAGAGGGAAGGCACUUUGACUAGGCACAUACCCAUCAUUGCUGUCACGGCAUACGCGCGGCCAGAGCAGAUCGAGAGCGCGAAAGCCGCCGGUAUCGACGACGUGAUUUCGAAGCCUUUUAGAAUACCGGACUUGCUGCCCAAGGUGAAGGAAUUGGUUACGAUGUACAACGCACCACCUACUACCGAGGCCACGCCCCUGGCUUGAGUAGGAAAACGCCCAUAGAGGCUACGUUCGCAUGAAGCCUGUGCACCGCAUGCGGUCCUGUCCGAAGCGACGGCAAGAGGCCGCUGGAGUUGGAUCAGUGUUUUAUUCAGAUUUCGAAUUGGGUCCUUGCAUUUUUCAUUUUUCUCCUUUUUCCGCCAAGACUCGCUAUCGCACCAGAGAGGUGCGGUAGUACUAGAGAACAGGCCGGGGGCGUUCAAGGAGGGGCAAUUGACCAAAAAGACUUGGGAGAAGGUAUUGGUUUGUUUCAGUGUGCAUAAGACUUGCAUUUGAGAGGAGCAAGGCAUUUGGAAGCACGAGACUUGGAGUAUUGAGGCGGGAACGCAUAUGAUGCGAGGACGAGUCACGGGGCAUAUGGAAUCUAAGUGGGCAACAGAUCCUACUGACGAAUAUCUUCAGCGUAUCUUUUUUAAUAUUCCUGACUCGGAGUAUUGUAAUGCAAAGAUACCCAUAUUACCAUGGUUAAAAAACAUUCUCCACGCG